AUGGAGCCUAAUAACAUAAAUGUAAAACCUGAGCCACCGUUCACUAGUUUGUCUUCUGGAGUAAUUUAUCCAUUAUCUGUUAACCAUAAUCCCGGUAAAAACCACCCAAGUUCACUAUGUACUGUUCUUCAAAAGGAUUCUUACUCAAAUACCUUGUCAGUUUGUAUGCCUCAAAUGGGAUUUCCAAUAAAUGAUAAUUUAGUAUUGUCAUCUCAAACGAAAGUGGAAUAUUUUGAAUCCGAAUCUGAUAGCAGUCACAAUUGUCUUGAGGAUAAUUCCAACGUACUUUCUGUUCAUUCUCUCAGUUCCGAAUUUCAAGUGCCGAAUUUACCUAGCGAAUGUGUUCAUAAACAUCCUGCACAUACAACAGCUAAGCCUAGUGAGGCAUUAUUUGUUCGAGCUCUUAUUGGAAGGUGUAAACGUAUUGCUCCAUUAUGGUUUCGGGGUGUUUCAUCAAUGCGUGAAAGAAAUAGAGAGGAAAACCGUCGUAUGGCGUGUAACAGUGGACAAAGCCAAAGUGAUUGGAGUCUUAUAUCGCUAAAGAUUGCAGAAAUGAAUGCUAACACAGAAACGGAUGCUGUUUCCAAUUUACUGAAAAAAUUGUAUAAAGAAUUACCGAGUGAUUCAGUAUUUUGGUUUCUCAAAUGUUGGCUAGGCAGUGAAGAUACACUGAAAGAUCCUGACUCGUGUGUUAUAAGUCGUGGUGAUGCUAAAGGUCGUAUGCGGCGUAUAGACGGUGGAAAAGGUUCAGAUAAGGUUUGGAGGUUGGAUACAAUCGUUGGUAUGCUCUAUCAUGGUUUACCAAUGUCAAGUACCGAUACAAAUAUAAUGAUGCAUACAUGUGAUCAUGAACUAUGUGUACGUCCACAGCAUAUACGAUUUAGAGCUAGUUCUGUAGCUCUAGUUGUUGUGUUGAAGGCUUUGGCUCAAGCUGGAUAUACUAUUAUUCCUCCAACAAUUCCUGCUGGUUCAAAUGGAAUCUCACCUAAUGCAUCUGAUGAAUCUGUAGACGUUUUUGGACCUUUUUCAAUUGAAGAACUUCAACAGUAUAGAAGUGAAAAUUUAAAUCCUGCAAGUGAAUCAAUGUCCAAACUUACAUUGAGUGCAACUGAUCGUGAACUAGUCGACAUGGUUCCUGUGAUUAAAGAUGCUUUACAACAGCAGUCUGAAAUAUCAUCUACUACACCGGUCUCUAACUUGAAUCGAGUGAAUUCAUCACAUCCAAAUUCGUACAUAUCAUAUACCAAUUUCAUAAAUCACAUAAAAUCAACUACCACGGCUGCGAAUACGACUACAACUACCGUCUGUUGUUCUAAAGAAAAUGAUGAAAUCUCAUCAAAACCGGAACGAUAUAGCUUGAAACGACCACCACCGCCACCAGAUUCGCCAAGUUCGUUUCCAUCCUCUCCAGCUAAACUUUCUUACAAUUUUCAUCCUUCAUCAAGUCCUCCACUACUGAUAUCUGAAGUUCCACCGAAUAGCUGUUGUACGCGUACAACACAAAUUCAUCCACAAAUACGUCGACCAUCUGAUUCUACACUGAUAACGAAUCCUGUGAAUACUGCUGUCAGUUUAUCAUGUUCAAAUAACAACAAUGGUAAUGGUAAUAAUAAUAAUAAUAAAAAUUCAAGUGCAUUUUAUGCUAUUUCUAUGCAAGAUAAUGCCAACUCUUUACAAACACAACGAUCUCUUCAGUCAACUUUUGAUACUACAAAUAUGCCUGUUUCUAAUGGUAUUAUGUUAUCUCGACCACUGGAUUCAUUUGUUGUUACAUCUCAAUCAAUGACAAAUGGUGGUUAUCAUCGAUCAAUGUCUCAUCAACAUCAACAUCCUCAUCAUCAUUUUCAUCAGUCUGACCAACACCAGCAACACCACCAACAACAAAAUCAUACAUCGUUUACUUCUUCUCUAUCCUGUUCCUCCUCUCCACAUCACCAUCAUCAUCAUCAUCCUCAACAGACAUGUUCCAGUCAACAACAAAAUCAACGUAAUGCUGUUGUAACUAAAGAGAAUCCUUUCCUGUGUACACAUCCUUAUCUUGGUUUAUUGGUUACUUCUGGUCCAGUGAUGAUGAAUGGUUUAUGCGCGCAUACACCGCCUAGUGGCACUAGUGGUGCCAGCGGUGGUAGUGGAAAUGUUCCACUUCUUCUUAACAGUUCCGGUUGUUCAUCUAGUGGCAAAUCGACACCACGUCAACCAGCAAAAAAGCGCCCAGAGGCUAGAACACCUACAAUUGAUGGUUCAUGUGAUGAAAUGCCAUUAGGUGGCUGUGGUGGCGGUCCUUCAUCGUCGAAUACACUUUCAUCAAUGUGUAAUUUUGAUGAUUCACAUUCUCAUUUAUCAACAUCAUCUCUGGAGUCAACAACAAAUACAUUUAUGGUACAUCAUAAUACACCAUUUGUUCCAGUGCAUGGUAGAUCUGGUCGACCUAGUUCUACAGAAUUGAUUCAUCCAAGCUUAGGCGGUUAUAAUAUAAACAGUAAUCCUGGUUCUAAUAGUCUUUCAUCAUCCAACUCCUCCUCCUCCGCCUCGUCCUCAUCUGCGUCAUCUUCAUCAGCCACGACGACGACGACGUCGUCGACAACAGCAACAACAACACCAACAUCUAUAGUAACGAAAACAACAACCAACUCAUUGAACAGCUCACCAGGAAAACAAAUUUCUGACAAGUAUCAGGUGAAUUCAGUGACUGGCAGUGAUAGUGGUCGUGUUAAUCAUCAUCAUCUGUCGUCUACAAAACCGGAUCAUAGCAAUACUAAUGGAGACGAAGAAGAAGAAGGCGAAAUGGAUCAAGAAUUGGUUGAUAUUAUGGUUGGUCUGAACGGUGUCGGUGGUGGUAUUGGUGGUGAAUCGAAGUUUCCUUUUUCAUCGAGUCAUACAAAUAACUUAUCGAUUGGAGGAGGACAACAUCGACACCAUUCCCUGUUGACGAAUAAUCAUCAUCCGCAUCCUCUGCUUGGUGGUAAUGACAUUGGUGCUAGUCCUGAUGGUCGACGAGUUAUAGCUGCUAUGGUUGCGGCUUUGGCAAAUGUCAGUAAUUCUCCACUGCUGGAUGGAUCAACACCAAUUAAUCCUCGUCGAAGUGUAUCCGCGUGUAGUCUUCCACGUUUUGAUAUUAGUCCGAAUGAUGAUUUUGUGGACUUAAUUUCACAUACUACUAAUAAUAACAACAAUAGUAAUAGUAAUCAUUCUACACGAUUGUCAUCCUCUCUUCACUUGUUCUCACAAUUGAAUCAUACUCAUCACAACCAACACGAACAAAUUAAUCACUCCCUUCCUAUGAAUGAUGGAUUAAACACCACUGCCUCCACUGUCGCUACUCCUAUUACCACUACUACUACCACUAACUGUAGUAAUAAAGACGUCGACAGAAGACUUGUGUGCUGUGAUGAUGAUGACCACCGAUCGACAACUCCACCGCCGCCAAAAUUACUUUCUUCAACAACAACAACAACUUCAUCAUGUAAUCCUCCUCCUCCACUUCCGCUUGGCGAAUUAUGCCUAUCUCCAAAGUUUUCAACGCAUACGAAUUGUACAGUGAAUCAUAUUAAUAAUAAUAAUAAUAAUAAUAAUAAUAAUAAUAAUAAUAAUAAUAACAAUGGUGAGUAUGGUGGCUUCAGUUUUAAAGAUUCUGCAUCUUCUCCACAAGAAUCAAUGCAACAAGAAUUGGCCACACUGCUUCGAAAUUCUCCGGCAUCUGGAAUCAGUCAAGAACUCAUUGAUAUGCUGGCUAACAUGGCUCAACAAUAUGGAAUGCAACAAUCACGUACAGGCAGUCGAGCUAGUCGUCCAUCAAGUCAAGUUGCUCAACACUUUUAUCGUAGCCUUGUCAAUGGAUCUGUUUGCGGUUCACCAUUUUCAUCAUCAAUGACUUGUGGCGGCGGCGGCAGUUCUACUCCCUCCUCAGGUUUCAAUUUCUUUCAUACAAAUAACAAUAACAACAGUAGUAUUGAUGCGUUUAACACCACCACCAACAACAACAACAUCUCAGGCGGACAUAUUUUAACACCUUUUAAUGGUUUCAAUUCAUGUUCCAGUGUUCAUCACUUUCGUAAUUUAAGCUUUACCCCGUUGUCAAUUGAUGCAGAUAUUACACCAUUGACGUCUUCGAUUACGACGCCACCGACUACUAUUACCACGAAUUGUACAUCAUCAUCAUCAUCAUCGCCACCGCCGCCGCCCCCAUUACAAGCACCACCACUACCCCCUUCAUCAUUAUUUUUCUCUUCAUUCCCCACCCCAUUAUCCUUAGCAUUAACAACAGCCAGUAAUCAUGAUACAAUUGCUGUAUCGGCAAUAGAUACCAAUACUACUACUACUAAUAAUAAUAAUAACAAUAAUUGUGUUAUAAUGCCAUCAAAAUCGUGUUAUACAUUAGAAAUGAAUCGAGCGAAAUAA